AUGACUCCCUCCUCCGUGGUAAAAGCCUCGUACUGGUUCCCAGAUGGAGAGAACCAGGAACAGGAUCCCAGAACCUCGGCCCAAACCAUUCCCUCAGAUCUCUUCACUCACCUUUUCUGCGCCUUCGCCGAUCUCGACGCUACCACCCACGAAGUUUUUGUCCCCCAAGCGCAUGAGUCCAUAUUUUCCACCUUCACUGAAAUCGUCAAGAACCGAAAUAAAUACGUGCAGACCCUCUUGUCGAUCGGCGGAAGAAGUGCAAACAAUUCUGCGUUUGCGUCCAUGGCAAGUAAACAAGAGUCUCGGAAAUCGUUCAUUGAUUCUUGGAUUUCGAUCGCUAGAUCAAAGGGAUUCCAUGGUCUCGAUUUAGCCUGGGAGUACCCAAGCAAUGAGCAUGAGAUGAAAGACUUUGGGCACCUAGUUAGAGAUUUGCGAUCAGCGGUUGAUGCCGAGAGCAUACUCACCCGCAAACCGAUUUUGCUGUUGACGGCUGCCGUUUACUACUCCUCUGUUUACAAGAAGUAUACCUACCCGGUUAAAGUGAUGGAAAAAAGCUUGGAUUGGGUUAAUAUCAUAGCCUAUGAUUUUUACGAGCCGGUGUCGUACUCCCUAUUUACCGCUCCAACCGCCGGUCUGCACGUUUCUUCUAACAACAAAGGUCCAAGUCCAACUCCAAGCGGCGACUCUGGUUUGAAACAGUGGAUUAAGGACGGACUUUCGGAGAACAAAGCAGUCAUGGGAUUCACAUACGUUGGGUGGGGUUGGACUCUCGAAAACGAAAAUGAUACCGGUUAUCAUGCGCCCGCCGCUGGAGUAGCCAGACAUGAGGGCGUAUCUGAGGAUGGUUCUAUAAACUAUGCUCAGAUAGUUAAGUUUAUAGGGGAUGAGGAAGCAACAUACGCUUAUGACUCCAAGGUUGUCGGACAUUACUGCUUCGCCGGAAAGACUUGGAUUGGGUACGAAGAUAACCAGAGCGUGGUGAUGAAAGUGAAAUACGCUGAGCAGAAUGGUUUGCUUGGUUACUUUGCCUGGAACGUUGGAGCUGACGAUAACACUCUUCUAUCCACCGCAGGUUCGUCUCCUUCUAGUUAA